AUGUCUCCCGAGCAAAUGUCUAGCAGGCUCUUCCUCUGCUUGUUGGCUCUUUCAAGCGUGAGAGAGGUGCGGGGCCAAGGGACCUGGGAGAGGUCGUCCGCCAGCAGCGCCUCCAACCCGUCCUCGAUACGUUCGGUCGAUCCCACAUCCACUUUAGUAACCUCGUCGCUUACUACUCCAUCCUUGAUCACAUCUACGCUCGCCUCGGUUUCAUCACCAGCUCCCUCCAAAUCCGCUUCGACUAGUCUCAGUUCGACGUCCCAUGGCGCACCUCUAGCAACGCCAGGUGAUUCUUCACAGGUUCCCCCGUCCCCAGCGGACCGUAAUCGGAUGCUGGGAAUUAUGAUCGGUUGUGUAGUUAGCGGUUUGCUUGUUGUAGCGAUAUGUGCAUGGAUAUGGGUCCGUGUGAGACGAUCACAGAAGCGGAACAGGAGGAAACUGUUCCGGCGCGCCGUCACCCCGCUCGACGACGCAGAGUUCGAGUCCUGGAGAAGACCGAGUGUGGCGCAUUCUCAGCUGGAAAUAUACGGCAGCAUACAACAGCCUCCACCAUCUCAUUCACCCAGAGCUAAACCAGCGGCUCCCCUUGUACUUGAGAAAGAUCUCGGCAUAUACGGUCCCGAGACCUCUAGAUCACCGCGGUCAUCUCCCUCUUCAGGCCGUUCGAGAUCGGAAAGACAUACCGAUCAUUCACGAAACAAGUCCAGCGUCUCGGUCCAGGACAGACCGCCCACCCCUUACUCCCCCACGCAACCACCCGAAUCCUUCGGCUCCUCGCCUAAAAGCCCACCAAACCACGUCCAUUAUUCCUCAAUGUCUUCGGCGUCGGAUUUCGACUUCGGCUUCAAAGACUUCCGCGGUUCUUUCUGA